AUGGCGACUGCGCUCGAGCAGCCGGCCUUCGAUGCGCUUCCCGCAAGCGGCCCUCGCGAGACCGAUGCCACCACCUCCAUGACUCCUCCCAACAGCGCCAACGGCAAGAAGGAUGCUUCUCUCGAAGGCGUUCCCUCCGAGCUGUCCGACCUCGAGUUGGACUCCAACAACGCCGCCGCGACUACCGGUGCGACCGCUGCGCCCGCCGCGGACGACGACGAGAUCGUGCCGGACCAUUACUACGGCGGUGGGAAGAUCCCCGUUUUCAAGCCGUUCCGCGACUUCCAGUCCUUUAUCCACAAGAUUGACCACUACGGAAUGAAGUCGGGCAUCGUCAAGGUCAUUCCGCCCAAGGAAUGGGUUGACGCCCUCCCCCCGCUGGAUGAAGCCGUCAAAACGAUUAAAGUCAAGAACCCGAUCAUGCAGGAAUUCCACGGCUCGCACGGGACCUACACUCAGGCGAACAUCGAGAAGCAACGAACGUACAAUCUUCCUCAAUGGAAGGCGCUGUGUGAGGAGAGCAGUCACCAGCCCCCGGCUCGGAGAGGAGAGAGACGGCGAAACCAAGAGAAGGCGGCUCGCACGGCUUCUGCCCCGAAAUCUCAGCCGACCCGAUCGGAUUCCCAGAAACGCGGCCCCGGAAGGCCCCCGAAACGAUCGAAUCAGAUCAAGAUCAAGGAGGAACCGGUGGAUGACCCCGAGAAGUCCAAGCCGGAGGGACCUCCAACACCCGUGUCACCGGAAUCGAACCCCGUCGAGACCAAGACGGAGGAGCUGAGUGAUGGAGAGUCCCUCCCGGCCGCCAAGCCAAAGGGCAGACAGCCAAAGUCGGUGUCCUCGAGGAGAAAGCAUAACAAGGGUGAGUCGCUCGAUCAGAUUGACGAGGAAGCGUUCAAAGACUUUGAUUAUCGCAUGAACGACGGCGAGGAGUAUACCACCGAGCGGUGCGAAGAAUUGGAAACCGCCUACUGGAAGUCGUUGAUGUUCAACAACCCCAUGUAUGGCGCGGACAUGCCUGGAUCGCUUUUCGACGAUAGGACGACGUCGUGGAAUGUCGCCAAGCUUCCCAAUUUGCUGGACGUGUUGGGCCAGAAAGUGCCCGGAGUCAACACCGCCUACCUGUACCUGGGCAUGUGGAAGGCCACGUUUGCCUGGCAUCUGGAAGAUGUCGAUCUGUACAGUAUCAACUAUAUCCACUUUGGUGCCCCGAAGCAGUGGUACAGCAUUUCCCAGGAGGAUGCACCUCGGUUCGAGGCUGCUAUGCGGAGUAUCUGGCCAAACGACGCGAAGAAUUGCGACCAAUUCCUCCGUCACAAGACGUACCUGAUCUCCCCGAGCGUCCUGAAAUCGCAGUUUGGCAUCACCGUCAACAAAUUGGUGCACUACGAAAAGGAAUUUGUGAUUACUUACCCUUAUGGGUAUCAUUCCGGGUACAAUCUGGGCUAUAACUGUGCCGAGUCGGUCAACUUUGCAACUGAAAAGUGGCUGGACUAUGGUCGAGUCGCGAAGAAAUGUAACUGUGAAGCAGACAGCGUCUGGAUCGACGUUGGAGAGAUUGAACGGAAGUUGCGAGGAGAAGCCACUCCGGAAUAUGAGGAUUACGGGCUCGAGAGUGACCUCGAUGAGGUCGAAGGCGCCUCCGACCUCCUUACUCCCCCCCGCAGCGUGCCGGAGAAGACUGCCACCCGUGUUAGGAAACGCAAGCGUGAGGGCGACGAGCCCCGAUCGAAGCGGCCCCGGGUGAGCAGUGAGGCCGACCGGAAGAUCCCGUGCGUACUGUGUCCCAACAAUCUAGACUACGAGGACUUGCUCCCCACCGAGGACGGCAAGUCUUAUGCCCACCGGCGCUGUGCCAUGUACAUUGAGGAAACCUCGAUCCUUCGUGAUGAGUCUGGCAGAGAGGUCGUGUGCGACAUUGACAAGAUCCCCAAGGCCCGCCUCGGUCUCAAGUGCCUAUACUGUCGCGAAGUGCGGGAGGCGGCCGACGUGGGUUCCGGAGAAGCAGCGGAGGACGACCAACAGCUGCUCGAGGCUGCCGAACGACUGGCCGUGGGCGACCUGGUGCAGUUCCAGGCGGACAGGGAGAUCCACGGAGCCAUCGUGCUCGAGAACCGGCCUGCGGAGCGGACGUUGCUGCUCAAGGUCCUCCCCCGCGGCGAUGUCAUCGAGCUGCCGUACCGGUGGAUGCUCAUCGUCCGCAAGACCAGCUUCCCGCCGCUGCCCCCAGGCACGAAGCCCCUGCCUGCCCACCUGACGCGCAAGGCCGAGACGCAGCAGGACGCGUCGUCGACGGUGCCGGUGCCGGGAACCCCCUUCUGCGACCCCAACGCGCCGUUCCAGUGGGCGGAGUUCGAGAGCGUCGAGCUGCCGACGGCGGCGCCCCAGGCGCGCGUCGACCUGACCAAGCCGGAGCAGAUCUGGUACUACCUGGGCGAGUCGUCGACGGAGUGUAGGGCACAGUAUACGCACAACCCUAGCGUUGCGGUCCACAAUCCGCGGGCGAAUUUCCUGGACAGCGUCAAGGCGCUUAGCGCCCUCGCCGCGGGCCGCUUCCCCUCCUCGGCCGGAACCCCCCACCACCUCGCUGCCCCUCCAACCUCAAGGCUCCCUCGCCCUCCUCUCCCAUUGCAGCGCCGCCUCCCAGACACUGCAAUGACUCCUGCCUACCGACCGCUGCCGAAUGCAAAUGCCAACGCCAAUUCCAGUGCUCAUGCUGCUGCGCGACCCUCCGCUUACGCUCCCUACCCCAAGCCCCAGCCGGACCUCCCCACCAACACCUUCGCCGGCGUCCGUGAGCUGAUCGCCCGCCGCCGCCUGGCCCAGAUCACCGACCAUGCCAACGUCUUCGCCGGCUACACCAUCGUCAGCCCCGAGCUGGUCGUCGAAACCCUCCUGGGCCCAAUGGGCUCCGUGCCCCCUCCCAACGGCAUGGAGAAGCUGGAACUCGCCAUGGCCCAGCAGCGCGUCCAGCCCAAGGCCGCCGAUGGCACCCUGCUGCCGCUGCAGCCGCUCAACAUGCGCUCCGAGGAGGUCACCCGCCUCCUGCAGAUGCUGCGCUUCUCCCUCAUCAGCCAUCGGGACCGGCUCGACGUCAUCCCCAAGCGAGAGCCCGACUACCUCAAGCAGGAGCCGUUCGAUCGCAGCAAUUAUUCGGGCGGCCGGUUGGCAGGCAAGUAUGCGUACCUCGAGCAGCAGAAGGCGCAGGCCCCGACCGUCUAUCGAUCCCCGUACGAGUCCCCGUUUGGGCUUGCGGAAUGGGUCAAGAAAGAGUACAACCUGCCUCAGGAUGAUCCUCCCCGGAAGAAAGAAUCCCUCGCCAAUGACUAUUUCCUCUCGUUGUCGCCCGAGGAUCAGGAGAAGGUGAUGAAGGCCUGCGGCAGCUUUGUGCAGAAGCGGAUCGCGGAGCGGGCCGCGAGCCACAGCCGGCACAGUUCCACGUCCAACUUCCGGCUCGCGUCCGCUCUGGCCCAGCAGACAGAGAACCCGACCAUCGACAUCACCACGGUCGAGGACAUGCCCAUAACGAUGUCCGGGCUGGACCUGCCGCUGCAUGCCGACUCGCCGGCCUCCAGCUUUAGCCGGGCACAUCUUGGCUACCCAUCGCCGAACGACUUUAACAGCCAUGGGGAUCACGAUUCCUCCAUCGUUCCCCGGCAUCUCCAUGACCACCAUGACCUUUUCGGCGAUCAGCAGGCCAACACGCGCUUCUGGCAGCAUGGUCCAUGGGUCGCAGGGGAUGGGACGACGCCGAACGAGGAGAGCCGACCGUUUUUUGGCCCCCACGAGCGACUCAAGCAUGACUACGCCGCGUCAGAACUGUCCCUUGGCCGGGGGCCAGGGUCGUUGCACUCGGUGGACAUGGCCGGGUUCGGCAUGGACACGACAGAUGACAUUGGUGCCGAACUGAGUCCUUGA